AUGGGUGAUCUCAAUGGAACUCUAAAGGACAUUGAGUGUUUGAAUUACUCAAAACUGAGUAAUACUUCUUACUAUUCUUUCAAUCUUAGAAGAAUGGUUUCAUCAAUGAGCUUGAUUGAUUUGGGUGCCUCUGGAAUACCAUUCUCUUGGAGAAAGAAUGUUACCUAUUCAAGAGGCCUAAGCUCUCAUAAGAGCGCUAGAAUGGAUCGGUGCCUUGUAAAUUCAGAGUGGAGAAUCUUGUUUCCAAUAGUUAUGGUUACUAACAUUCCGACAACCUCAUCGAACCAUAAUCCAAUUUUGUUGGAUUCACUGGGUGAUAAAGACAAUGUUUUCAGAAUGUUUAGAUAUGAGAACACGUGGUUUCAAAAUUCGAGAUGUAUUUGGGCAGUUCGCAAAGCUUGGAUGUCGGUUAACCACCCUAAUCCAAUGAUCAAUUUCGAGGCCAUUAUGCAACAAGUUAGGAAAGACUUGGCAGUGUGGAACCACACUCAAUUUAAGAAGGCGGCGUCUCAAAUUUCAAAGACCAAAGCUAAACUUCUGCAAGCUGAAAGUGCUAACAACCAAAAUCAGAUGGAGGAAUUUGAGGCAAUGGUUGCGUUAAAUGAAUCUUUGAGGCGAGAAGAAAUCCUUUGGAAACAAAAAUCAAGGAUUUCUUGGUUAAAAUAUGGAGACAAAAGCAUGAAAAUCUUUCGUGCCUCAACCAUUGUUAGAAGAAGAUGCAAUUUCAUCCACACGAUUAAAGAUUCACGCGGAAACUAG